CAUCUCACGCAUCCCGUGACGCUUCUCGUUUCGUUCCGAAAGCGUCUCGCCUGCGAGACACAAACUGUUGCCCGCGUUUCCCUCCACUUUCUUCACCGCGGACUCAAGCGGCGCCUCACCGUCGCGAUUGGUUUGCGUAGGUGCGCACGACGCGUCUCGACGACGGUGACCCGGCUCGACCUGCGAACCUUGGACGUAAAGGGCGAUGUGCGCCGCGUAGACUGCGCCGACGGCGGUCACUUCAUAGACGUAACACUAAACGACGAAGUGGUCGACGUUAACGAUACCCAUGACGAUCGGACGGAGGACGGAUGGCGGGAGGUUCGGACGGAUCGUGACAAGGUGCUCUACUAUAUGCUCAGCCAGGUCGUCUACCCGGACACGGACGCACCUCGACCGGAGAGAUUCGAGUCGCUGUACGCCCUGGCUGAUAAGCUGGACGUCGUGUCACUCAGGUGGCAGGGAGGCAGGGCGGUUGGAUUCUACACGGUGAAAUUCGCAGGUACGAAAGCGUCUUCGACGGGGCAGGGAUGUGGGAUGCCCGUGGUGGAUACGGCGUACAUCCGGUCGGAGUACAGGAGCCGAGGCUUCGGCACGGAGAUCUUGUCCGACAUGACCGCGCGCUUCCCGAACGAGGACAUCGGCUUCUCCAGGCCGAUCUCGAGCGGCAUGUUGAGAAUCUUGAAGAGGUUCCUGACGAGUCAGAGGGAGUAUCGUCUGCAUUUUUGGGAGAUAUCGGACUGCGCAGAUAUCGUCGGGUCGCAGCAACUGAUAUGGUGCCGUGUCAAGAGAGCAGUCUUGUGACGGAAGAAAGCGAUUAGAAUUUGUUACAACAGUAAUUGCGAGAGAUAGAGAUAGGGAGAGAAAGAGAGAAAAAGUGAAAGGGAGGUUGAGUAACGGAUAUUUAUAUAUUAUCAA